AUGGAUCCCAACAAAGCUGAAAUUAGUCGUCUUGAGGUACUUCCUCAAGAUCUACUCGGAGAAAUAGUUGCCAAAAUAGGGGCAAAAUACGCUGAAGAUUAUCACAAUUGCAUCCUUUCAUGCAAAGAACUAGGUGCAUCAGCAAACGAUGAACGCGUGCUCAAAACCCUUAAUCUUGCUCCGUUGGUGAAGAAACCGUUAUCAUGCCGCAAACACCUUCUUAUUAUGAAGAAAUGUCUUGCCAACAACAACCCGGAUGCUCACUACAUAAAAGGUAUAAUAUGGUACUUUAACCUUGAUCAUUGUGACGUUGGUCUCCACCAUAUUGGCAUAGCAGCUAACUGA